AUGGCAGCACCCAGGCUAAUUAAUCUCGCUUGGGCAGUGCGCCUAAAACCGACGCACAGGCAUUUCCCACACAGGCGCGCCCGAGUGCGCGCUGAGAACCACCACGUUUACAUCCCGUAUCUGGCAGAGCGGAGGCUGGCGACGUUAGCAAACAAAUACUGGGCUCCGCAUGUGAAGAAAAAGUUGCCUUUUGAUUCAAAGGUUAUUGAAGAUGUGUAUGCAAAAGAAAUUGUCAGGUCAAAGUUUGCUAUUAGGAAGAUAAUGCUUCUUGAGUUCAGCCAGUACCUUGAAAAUUACCUAUGGAUGAAUUAUUCUCCCGAGGUGUCCAGUAAGGCAUAUUUAAUGUCAAUCUGCUGUAUGGUGAAUGAGAAGUUCAGAGAGAACGUACCUGCGUGGGAGACAUUCAAAAAAAAGCCAGAACACUUUCCCUUCUUUUUCAAAUGCAUACUGGAAGCAUCGCUGGUUGAAAAUGACAGUGAAUUCUCUCUACAUGAACAGACAGUCCUCCUACUUUUCCUUGAUCACUGCUUCAAUAGUUUGGAAGUGGAUUUGAUCAGAGGUCAAGUGCAGCAGCUCAUUUCCUUACCGAUGUGGAUGGCUUUACAACCUAAACGUCUGGAACAAGAGCUGAAAAAGACACCAAAGCUAAGAAAAUUCUGGAAUCUAAUUAAGAAAAAUGAUGAGAAAAUGGAUGAGAAAACAAGAAUGCAAGCAUAUCGGGAGAGAAGAUUUCUUUCACAGCUUAUUCAGAAAUUCAUUUCUGUGCUAAAAUCAAUACCUGUCUCAGGUCCUAUUUCUAUGGACAAAGUUCAUUAUUGUGAGAGGUUCAUCGAACUCAUGAUAGAUCUUGAGGCCUUGCUUCCCACACGACGCUGGUUUAAUACAGUAUUAGAUGACUCCCAUCUUGUUUUUCACUGUUACCUGUCUAGUCUUGCCAAGAGAGAAAAGGAGGGUCACCUCUUCUGCCAGCUUUUAGAUAUGCUUAAAUUCUACACUGGCUUUGAAAUCAAUGAUCAAACUGGAAAUGCUUUGACAGAGAAUGAGAUGACAACCAUUCACUAUGACAGAAUUACGUCUUUACAGAGAGCAGCUUUUGCACAUUUCCCAGAGUUAUAUGACUUUGCACUCUCAAAUGUAGCUGCAGUAGAUGCUCGUGAUUCACUGCUGAAGUUAUUUGGACCCCUCAGCUCAAAUAUGCUCCACCAGGUGGCAUCAUAUCUUUGCUUACUACCACCCCUUUCUGAAGGAGUAGACACAAGCUAUGAAAAGGAGUUUCUGCUGGAGUUGCUGGUUUCCCGUCACGAGCGACGAAUAUCUCAAAUUCAGCAACUCAACCAGAUGCCUCUUUAUCCCACAGAGAAGAUUAUUUGGGAUGAAAAUAUUGUCCCAACUGAGUAUUAUUCUGGAGAAGGUUGUCUCGCACUUCCAAAACUGAAUUUACAGUUUCUGACUCUUCACGACUACCUGCUAAGGAAUUUCAACCUCUUCCGGUUAGAAUCUACCUAUGAGAUUAGACAGGACAUUGAAGAUAGCGUCAGUAGGAUGAAACCAUGGCUAUCAGAAUAUGGAGGUGUGGUCUUUGGUGGAUGGGCUAGGAUGGCACAACCAAUUGUCUCUUUCACAGUGGUAGAGGUGGCAAAGCCCAAUAUUGGUGAAAACUGGCCCAUGCGAGUACGAGCAGAUGUCACAAUUAAUUUAAAUGUCCGCGAUAGCAUCAAGGAUGAAUGGGAAGGUCUGCGUAAACAUGAUGUCUGUUUUUUGAUUACGGUACGUCCCACGCAGCCUUAUGGCACUAAAUUUGACCGCCGCCGACCUUUUGUUGAGCAGACUGGCCUGGUGUAUGUCCGAGGUUGUGAAAUCCAGGGCAUGUUAGAUGAGAAAGGACGUGUUAUUGAAGAAGGACCGGAACCUAAACCGAGACUUAAAGGGGAUUGCAGAACAUACAGGGUAUUUUUGGAUCCAAACCAAUAUCAACAAGACAUGACCAACACAAUUCAGAAUGGAGCAGAAGAUGUAUAUGAGACAUUUAAUGUAAUAAUGAGAAGAAAACCAAAAGAAAACAAUUUCAAGGCUGUUCUGGAAACUAUUAGGAAUUUGAUGAACACGGAUUGUGUGGUUCCUGACUGGCUGCAUGACAUCAUUCUUGGAUAUGGAGACCCAAGUAGCGCACACUAUUCAAAAAUGCCAAAUCAGAUUGCAUCUCUGGAUUUUAAUGACACUUUUCUCUCCAUUGAUCACUUAAAAGCCAGUUUUCCUGGAUAUAAUAUUAAAGUUACUGUUGACAAUCCAGUUCUGCAGAUACCCCCAUUCAGGAUAACUUUCCCAAUAAAAGGAGGUAAAGGAAAGAAAAGAAAGGAAGAGGAUGGGAAUGAAGAAAAACCUGAAGAAGCUAAAACAUUGAUUGUAGAACCUCAUGUCAUCCCAAACAGGGGACCGUAUCCAUAUAAUCAGCCAAAACGUAAAUUGGCCCAAGAGUUUAUCGGAAUGCAACCUGGGCUAACUAUGGUGGUAGGUCCACCUGGUACUGGAAAAACUGAUGUAGCAGUCCAGAUAAUAUCCAAUCUUUAUCAUAAUUUCCCAGAACAGCGAACACUUAUAGUUACCCACUCUAAUCAGGCUCUGAACCAGCUGUUUGAGAAAAUCAUGGCUCUAGACAUUGAUGAGCGCCACCUCCUGCGUCUGGGUCAUGGAGAAGAGGAGUUGGAGACAGAGAAAGAUUUCAGCAGGUAUGGAAGAGUUAAUUAUGUCCUCGCUCGAAGACUAGAGCUUCUACGAGAAGUUGGGCGAUUGCAAGAGAGUCUUGGAGUCCCAGGAGAUGUUUCUUACACUUGUGAAACAGCGGGCCACUUCUUCCUAUACCAAGUAAUGUCUCGUUGGGAAGAAUAUAUCAGUAAAGUGAAAGUUAAAGGUGGAAAACUGCCUGAUGUUUCAGAUGUCUCCAGUUUCUUUCCUUUUCACCAGUAUUUUGCGAAUGCUCCUCAACCAAUUUUCAAAGGCAAAUCCUAUGAAGAAGAUAUGGAAAUUGCUGAAGGGUGUUUUAGACAUGUUAAGAAAAUAUUCACUCAGCUUGAGGAAUUCAGAGCAUUUGAACUUCUCCGCAGUGGCCUGGAUAGAUCCAAAUACCUCUUGGUCAAAGAAGCAAAAAUUAUUGCCAUGACUUGUACUCAUGCUGCUCUGAAACGACAUGACUUGGUUGAAUUAGGUUUCAAGUAUGACAACAUCUUAAUGGAAGAGUCUGCUCAGAUUUUGGAGAUAGAAACCUUUAUACCUCUCCUGUUGCAGAACCCGCAGGAUGGAUUUAGCCGCUUGAAGCGGUGGAUUAUGAUUGGUGAUCAUCAUCAGUUGCCCCCAGUCAUUAAGAAUAUGGCUUUUCAAAAAUACUCCAACAUGGAGCAGUCCCUUUUUACACGGUUUGUUCGUGUGGGAGUGCCAACUGUUGAUCUGGAUGCACAAGGAAGAGCAAGAGCAAGUUUAUGUAACCUCUACAAUUGGCGUUACAAGAAUCUGGGUAAUUUGCCUCACGUCCAGCUUCUGCCAGAGUUUAGAACAGCCAAUGCUGGGUUUUUAUAUGACUUCCAGCUAAUAAACGUAGAAGACUUCAAUGGUGUGGGAGAGUCUGAACCCAAUCCUUAUUUCUAUCAGAAUCUUGGUGAAGCAGAGUAUGUUGUGGCACUCUUCAUGUAUAUGUGCCUGCUUGGUUAUCCUGCAGACAAGAUAAGUAUCCUGACAACAUACAAUGGACAAAAACACCUGAUCCGUGAUGUCAUUAAUCAGCGUUGUGGAAAUAAUCCACUGAUUGGACGGCCAAACAAGGUGACAACUGUAGACAGAUUUCAAGGUCAGCAGAAUGAUUUUAUUCUUCUUUCACUAGUGCGCACCAAAGCUGUAGGCCACCUUAGGGAUGUCCGAAGACUAGUUGUUGCCAUGUCAAGAGCCAGGCUUGGGCUUUAUAUCUUUGCAAGGGUAUCACUGUUUCAGAACUGUUUUGAGUUAACUCCUGCUUUCAGCCAGCUCACAGCUAGACCACUUCACCUCCAUAUAAUUCCCACAGAAUAUUUUCCAACAGUAAGACAGAAUGGAGAAAGGCCUUCUCACCAAAUACAUGUUAUAAAGAACAUGCCUCAAAUGGCUAAUUUUGUGUACAACAUGUAUAUGCACAUGAUACAAAGUACACGCCACUACCGACAGCAUUUACUGCCCCCACCUGCCAUGAUUGAAGAAACUGAAACUGCUCAAACUCAAGAGACAGAAGUAGAAGUUGAAGCACAAAGUAUGCAGGAAGAUACAGAAGAAAAUAAAGCAGAGGAAGAAGUAGUAAAGGAAGGAGAAUUGAAAGCAGCAGAAGCGGAUGAACACCGAACAAUGCCAGAACACCCAGGAAGAGACAGUGAUAGUGAAGACAGUGAACCUGAGGAUGAGACGGAAAAGUGAUUCAAGUGAUCUGUCCUCUACGUGUUUUGGAAAAAAAGGACUGGAAAAAGCAGAUACUAACACCAUUGCUAUUUUCACCUGGACUUUUUAAAAUGGUUACCUGUGUAAUGUGACCUGUUUUAUCUGUUUUCACUGAAUACUUCAGUGGACAAAUGUAAUGAUUGGCAAGCUUUUUACUGAAUUCUUGUCAGUUUCAGUAACGUAAUGUGCUUCAUGGCCUCACCUGAUAGGUGAUUUCCUUUUCAUAAGUUGCUUAGUAAAGAUGCUUUUAUGAUAGUUUUAAAUGUUUUUUAAGUCAUUAGCCUUUAGUCCAGUCACUGAGUCAUCCAUUAAACUUUACUGAUAACUAUAUUCAGUACUGCUCAGCUACUCUUUAUAGUUUUCUUAACAUUUUUGUGCUGAAGAUUUCUUGUACAGACCUGAGCUUUGUAUACACUGAGAUGGUUUUUUAGGCCUAGGCUUCAGUUCAAUAAAGUAUUUAAUUGUGUGUCUGAGAAUGUGAACUCCCAUGGGACUUGGAGAUGUUUAAAAGCUUUAUUCACUUGGGACCUUAAUAGUAGGUUUUCAGAAUGUCAUUAAGGCCCAGGUGCUACUAGCAGUUUCUCAUUAAUGUUUGCUGCUGCUGUUAUUAAUUGAUCAUUGUUUACACAAGAAAGGAGGAUGCAGCUUUUCAACAGCAUUAUUUUUUAAAUUGUAGUGCUUUGAUACAAGAAAUAUCUCUUUCAUUUUAAGAGGAGACAGUUAUUUCCUGGGAUGAAGCAACAUCAAGGAAAGUGAAAGUAGUUCCCUAGAAGUGGGAUUUACAGAACAUCAAAUACGCAUAUUUAUAAUGUAAUGGUUGAGUGAGUAGGCUUUCUGGGUUAAUUUCCAAAUAUACAUCUUUCAUAAACUGAUGAGUGAAAGGUUUUUCCCUGAUUUAUUAAGCCUCUCUGUCAACUUGGCAAAUGAUUCAAUGGUUCAAUGAAACUUAUGCAUUUCCCAGUAGAUUUUCAAACAAAGCAAUAGCCAUAGGAACAUCCUUUAUUGCUGGCAAAGGAAAAAUACUUAGUUUUAAAAUGCAGCACUUGUGAAGUUGGCAGAAGGAUUUCCUCACUAAAUUGGCCAAAGAAUCAUUAACUUACAAGCCUUUAUUAAUAAGACUAAAGUUCUUUAUUUUUUUCUUACCUUUUUUCUGCUAUAAAAAUGUUUAAAAAAAAAAAAAGUAAGCCAAGUUUUUUUAUGAGACAGCUCUAUUAUGUGUUUGCUGAGAUCUCGUUUUGCUCCCUUCUUCUCCCUGCUCUUCCUCCAUUCCCAAAUCGUUCUCCCCAUAUCAGUUACACGAUACCUCACAUAUAACAAAUCGCAGUGCUGGUACACAGUGUUCUUUGAUGCUUUUUCUUCACUGCUGAACUAUCUCAAACAAGAAAAUUUGAGCAGAAUGUAUAUUCAUUCCUUGCUUAUUCUAGGUAGAAGGGAGCGCACUGAUUAUUUCCCAGUUUUCUGUGUUUGGAGGGCAAAUAGUGCAGAGCUGAAUAUCUGGGUGAAAACAGCUUCAUGAAAUAAUAUUCAAAUUCAGUCAGGGAUGAAUAAUACAGGGCCUUCAGGCAACAUGUGACCAGCUCAGCUGAGGGUCAUCUUUGCUUUCCAGCCUGUUUUCUGAAAAUAUCUGCAUCUGACAAUCAUUUUACUGUGCUUCAGAAUUUUAAGGGGAAAAACUGGAAAAGAAUUCUGGAGGUUUCUUUUUUUUCUCAAAAGGCUGAUUGAACUGACAGGAAUUCUUAUCGAUAAUUAGUACAGAGAAUGACUAUUAUAAAGCAACUGAAGCCAAAAGGAACUGUGAAGACGUUUUUUAGUUGUGCACAGUCUGCGGUGAAAUCUUGCUGCAGGUCUGUGACCUCAGUUAGCCUGCAUGAUGGCUGUGAUCCAUGUGCCGGUCUGCGUACAUGGUCACUUCUGCACAUGUUGGCUUCUUAGAAGACUGUACUUGGCAAGUUGUUCUACAGUAGGACUACAGUGUUGCCCUAAAAUGGUGAGUGGAGUUGUAAUGAAGGUUGUUACUGGGCAGGGUGCAAGAGGCUGUCAAAUUACAAACAAUUGCAAAAUCUUGAAGUACAACUUUACUAUGCAGUUUACUGAAGGACCAAGCACCACCCAUAAUAUAGAUGGAAAGUUUUGUUGAGUGGACUAAAGCUGAGCAAAUGUUUCAUUAUCUUUGCCACCAUCUUCCAUAUGCUGAAGUUUACUCUUUUCAGGGAUGUGAAAGCAUUAAAGACAAUUUUCAAAAGUCUGGACUACAAUGUUUCCAAGCACUGCUACAAGGAAAAGUUUUAGGGGUUUGAUUUGGAGUAGGGGGUUAGGGGUUUUUGAGGGAGGGAGGUCAAAGCUUUUUCAGCUUUUUUUUUUUUUUUAGUAUUUUUAGUAAAGGAUGUUCUUUGUCUUUUCCACCAAAAUACAUGUAGUUUUCAGGUUCUGUUUACAUUUUCUCACAAGAAAGAGGUGGUAGGAGAAGUGAAUCUGCCUAAAACUAAUUUUGAUUUACAUGGUUUGUUUCCUGAAGGCAAUAUUUACUUAGAACUCAGCAUCCCCUUCUGAUAGCUCAAUCUUUAUUCUAAUGAAUAAGAUCCAGCUGUUAAACUAAAUAAUAUAUUUUUCCCAAGAGAACUGAAAUUUCAAAAAGCAUAAAAUAUAUAUAAAUUCAAUAUAUUUCUUAAAGAAAUGGAAUCCGUAAACAACUGAACAAAACCAUUGUUAACGUAGUUUCAAAAAAUUUAAGUUGAAGUGUUGCUGCAUAAAAUUAUAGCAAUGCAGGAAAACGUAGAGAACAAAAUCUGUCUGAAGAGAUCCUUUAAGGGUAUAAACCAAGUGACAAUAUAUAAAAAACACUUAUUUUAUUGUUCCAAGUUGAUGUAGUAAAGAAACUGAAUACUUUCUUAGGGAAAUGAGAACUGUUGGUGGUUUUGUUAAUUUGUAUUUAUUUAUCUAACACUUCCAUUUUGAUUACUGAUGUUUUCUGCUCAGUUAUGUAAGUGCUGUGUCUGGUCUGAACUCCCAAGCUGUUAAAAAAUCUUGUUUUCUAAACACUGAUAUCUAAGGGAUUUUUUUUUUCAAUUACCCAAUUUUUCUCUUAUUACACUGAACCAGUAAAACAAUUUAGGUGCUACUUUCCAGAUAUAUUUAAAAAGAGACUAAUUUAUAAACAGUUCAAUCCUUGAACUUUAAUUUGUGCUGAUGGCGAAAAUGGCAUUGUAAUUCAAUGUACUGAUCAUUUCUGUAAUAGCUAGGAAAAGAAGGGCAAAACCAGUUUACUCUCAUACUCUUCCGUUUUCCUUACACAGCUGAGAUGGUACUAUGUAAAUACAGGCCCCUUUCCUUCUCUGACUCUGAUAUGAUGCAUUAGGUGCAGGUUUAGAUACGAUCCAAGAAGCUAUCUUAAUCACUUUCAGAGCAUGGUUUGCUUUUGCUGUAGUCUGUAUGGAACUUCGAAGCAGUUUGGCAGUGCAGCCAAGACAGCGGGUAAGUUGGUUCUAAAACAUUCAGGACCAGCUUUGCCAAGGGACAAAGACUAGACAAGCAGGAGCAGGAGGUUUUAAUAAGCGGUUUAAAAAAAAUGAAGAUGUCCAUAAACUCCUCAAGGCAAUGCUUUUUCAUAGCCUACCUUGCACUUUAAUAGUGGAUGCCACGUACUGCUGUAUGCGUUUGCUAAGGUUCUAACUUGCUUCAGAAAGGAAGCAAGCAUCCUGCCACGUCAGCUCCCUCUUGGAAUGGAUCUUUGCAGUUUCAUGGGACAUUAGAAGAAUAAGAAUCCUGAAGAAAAGUAUUGUGAUGAGCAGCUGAAGUUAAAUUAUCCUGACAGAAUGGCUUUGCUGACAGGACAAAUGAGAGCAGUUUUGUACGUUGAAAUAACAAACCUGUUUUAAAAAGACCUGCAGGGUAUUUUGAUCACUUAUUGGAUAAGCAAGUUGACAUAUAAUUCUAUUGAAACUAGAAUUAGGUAACACUUGGAAACUCCUAGAGCAAACAGACAAAAGGAAAUAUUCUAGCCAACAAAUGAAUCACAACCUACAGCAGUCAAGAAGCUAUAAAUUCUAUUAAGAUGCAUGGCAAACAUGGUAAUCCUCCCACAGUACAAAAUGAGUGUUUUCAGGGGAGUUUUGGAGGCUGUUUCUAUGGCCCUUAGUGCUUCCCUUGCUAUCAGUUUUUUACAUGUAGUUUUCUUGCAAUACGUUUGCUUCAGAGGACUGGUUGCCACUCUAUACGCUAUAGUGCUAAUAAACAUGUUUUAAAAGAAAGCUAUUAAAAUUGCAAAUCAAAGAAGUAGAACUUUCUUGAAAGACUGUUGACUAAACAGCCUCUGUAGUUGCCACCAACUUUUAGGUGGUUUCUAAAAAGUACAGUACUCAAACUUCCAAAAUGAAAUUUCUCCUUACUAGCAUAGGCAUCUGCAAAAUUAUCACAACAAAAAGAAUACAAUAAGAUGGGGAGAAACAAUACCCACUCACCACUCCCUUUCAUUGGCCAGUUUGUAAAUAGUAAGAUUUCAGGAGACUAAAUUCUAGUAUUUCAACAAGAAAAUGAUCAUCUUUUCCCACUCCUGUCUUAGGUAACAAGGGCAGAUUAUUCUCUCUCUGCCUUGCACUGGAAGGGCUUUAAGCAGCUUAAUCUAACCUGUACCAUGGAUAAUGCAGCAUGUUGCUCUUGAGUAAAAAUAAUUACAUUUUGUUUCCUUGGUGAUUUUCACUCUCCUUGGGAAAAGAGCAAGGACAAGGAUUUUUAGAUCAAGUAAUAACACAUUUAAAUAUAAUGCAGAAGCUUGUUGCCAUAUUGUUGUAUCUGGAAAACAAGAUAACAAUAAAAGCUGAAGAAGAGUCAUUCCAGCUUUAGGUAAGAAACUUCCCAGCGUUCAGGCACUUUCUUGCCUGAAAAACAGUACCAGAAUUUCGUAUGCAUGUACGAGGAUCUUUCAGGCAAAGGUAGACCCAAGCACAAAGUUGAGCCUUCUGUUUUCAGUUUCAGAGUUCAUCUAUAGGUGUCAGUGAACAAGUGCAUACAACUGCAGUGCAUGUGUGCCUAAUGAAAUACAAUUUAAUGAUUCGAGAGAAGAGCAUAAAAGAAUAAGGUAGAGAUUCAAAUAAGGGUCAGGGAUAUAUCUUUCUUGGCACUGCUUGCAAGAGAUAAAAAGAAGCCGCCUUUAUUGCGUUUAUCAAGUGUGAAUUCCUAAACUGCUGCAACCCAAUGCAAGAGAAGCCCUGCUACGCAUCUACAGACGCUUCAGCAUCCUGCUGUGCUAGCCUGACAUCUCUUGUGUGUCAAGAGCACUUAUUUUUAGAUGGGACGGUCAUUAGGGACAUAACGUAUUUUAACUACUGUAAAGGAAGUAGUUUAAGGGCAAGAGAAGUGGAUAGAGGCAAGCUCAGUAUAGACGUACUAAAAUUCCGUUUCUGACCUUAAUCCACAGCAGUACCGACUUGCCCUAUUUUUGAGAGUGAUUUUUGGCAGCAGCAGUAAUGUCCUAUUGAGCAAUAUCAUGUUUUCUAAAAUGAGAUAUACUACGUUUUGCAUGCUGAGUCAGAGAGGGGAGAAAGUGCCUGAAGGAUAAUCCCCUUAUACUGAGGAUGCACAUAAGAACGCUAAAACAAGACUAUUUGGGAAAAAGCUCAAUUGCCCAAGAGUCAUCUUGCUGUGCUGUUACUGACCAGUUCUGGGAAAAUGCAUGGUAUUAAAUAAACAGUUGCUGUAUUGCAAUGUAUGUAAACGUGAUCUAAGCUUGAACAGAACUCAUGUGUAUCUAAAUAUUGCCUCUGUAUGGCUAAAUUAAAACCUACCUAAAAUUUACCCUAAAUUAAAAAUGAAAAAGGAAACUGAGUAUCUGUAACUUUUAAUGUUACCACAUUUCUGUCCUCAGAGACAAAAAAUGCGUUCAGCUGCAUGUGCCUUGUUCAUUUUGUCUAUU